AUUGUCACUUUCAGUUUUACAAAAUAUUAGUUUGUUAUAUAUUUCGACUUGCUGAUUUCAAAAUUGUUUUAAGUGCUUACAAAUAAUAAAUUGCGGAGAAUCACAGAAUGUCAAAGUUAAUUCGAAAAUUUCUAAGCCAAACCAAAGAUCUUACAAAUUGGAAAUACUUGAUAAAAAGUAAUUUUAAUUUGGUCAACAGUCUGGAUCUAAAGUUGGAAGAGCUGCGUUUGGAACGUUCUCAGCUGGAAGCGCGCUCCAAGACGCUGUUUCAAAAGCAGCGAUCCACAGAAUGCAUGUUGACAGAUUUAACGCGCAGCAUCAAGCAACUUGAAUACGACAUUGUUCAGAUGCAAAAACCAAAAGCACAAAAUAUUGCUUCUGCACCUGAGGAGGAAGAGAUCAGAGAGUCACGACGAGCAUCCAACAGUCAGCGAAAGGGAUAGAAAUACUGAAAGAUAGCUUCUAGUCGGGGAUCUCUCUGUGCUUAUCAGCUAUACAUAUGAACUUUUCAGAAAUCACUUGCGGGACUUCACCGUUCCGAACUGAGGCAUAUAUAGAGAGCUGUUGCUCGACUGUGCUUAGUAGUUCAACAAAGUGUUGCGGUAG